GAAAGCAUCUCGUUACUUAUAUUAUUUUCAUCUUGAUCUAUAAACUAGCUUCAUUCCGUUUUCGUCUCCGUUGUGUUCAGAGAUUCGAGAAUGGAAAGGUACUCUCUUUUAGUGGUUUGCCUUUGGCUGUGCCUAGCUAUGGCCAAAUCAGAAUCCAGUUAUAACUACUAUCGACUUCCCGCAUCUCUGCGACCUCAAAUGUAUCACUUGAGUAUUCUAACCCAACUGGAAAAUCCGGAGGAUCUUCGUUUUAACGGAACUGCAAAAAUUCUAAUAGAAGCUCUAGAAACCACCAGUAACAUCACAUUGCACUCAAAGAAUCUGAUCAUCAAUGAGACUGAGAUCACUCUUCGGGAAAUUGAGGGUGAAGGGGGUCUGGACAACUGCGUGACCUCCACAUCGGUGAAUCCCACCCAUGACUUCUAUAUCCUUAAGACCUGCCAGGAGUUGUUGGCUGGCCAUAGCUAUGAACUUAAGUUACCCUUCUCGGCUGAGUUGAACCGACAACUUGAGGGCUACUACCGCAGUUCCUACUUGGAUCCUGCGACCAACGAAAAGAGAUGGAUAUCUAUUACCCAAUUCGCACCGGCCUCGGCACGGUUGGCCUUCCCCUGCUUUGAUGAGCCUGGAUACAAGGCGACCUUUGUAGUAACAUUGGGUUAUCACAAAAACUACACGGGCCUGAGCAAUAUGCCCGUAAAGGAAACCAAGCCACAUGAGACCCUUCCCGAUUACAUUUGGACGGAGUUCGAGGAGUCGGUGCCGAUGUCUACCUACCUGGUUGCAUAUUCCGUUAAUGAUUUCUCCAACAAGCUAUCAACUUUACCAACUAGCGUCGAGUUCCGUACCUGGGCCCGUUCCAAUGCCAUAAAUCAGUGCGAUUUUGCGGCUGAGUUUGGACCCAAUGUUCUGCAGUACUACGAUGAGUUCUUCGACAUUAAAUUUCCGCUUCCGAAGAUCGACCAGUUUGCAGUGCCCGACUUGAGUUACAAUGCCAUGGAGAACUGGGGUCUGGUGACCUUUAGGGAGUCCCGACUCCUUUUCUCUCCGGGUCGUUCCUCUCUGGCGGACAAGCAGUUGCUGGCCUAUGUGGUGGCCCAUGAGUUGGCUCAUCAGUGGUUUGGCAAUCUAGUCACCAUGAAGUGGUGGACUGAUCUCUGGCUCAACGAGGGAUUCGCCACUUAUGUCGGCAGCUUGGGUGUGGAGCACAUCUAUCCCGAUUGGCAUUCAAAGGACAGAAGUGCUCUCUCCGCUUUGAUGACCUCUUUUCGACUGGAUGCUUUGGUGAACAGUCACCCAAUAUCGAGGCCCAUUGAAAUGGUGUCGCAGAUCACUGAAAGCUUCGAUGAGAUCUCGUACCAGAAGGGAUCUUGUGUGCUGCGCAUGAUGCACUUGUUUCUGGGAGAAGAUUCAUUUCGAUCCGGCCUCAAAUCGUAUCUACAGCUAUAUGCCUACAAGAACGCCGAACAGGAUAAUCUUUGGGAGUCCCUCACUCAAGCUGCACAUGAAAGUGGAGCAUUACCGAGUGACUAUGACAUCAAGACAAUUAUGGACUCGUGGACUCUGCAAACCGGGUAUCCCUUGGUCAAUGUAACCCGUGACUAUUCGGCAAAUACUGCUAAGCUCAGUCAAGAACGAUACCUCCGGGACACUGCAAUAUCUCGAGCUGAGCACGGUAAAUGUUGGUGGAUCCCACUGAGCUACACGACCCAGAAUGAGAAGGACUUUGGUAAUACGGCGCCCAAGGCCUGGAUGGAGUGCACCAGGACUGGCGAAAGCGUUCCCAAGACCAUCCAGGAUAUUCCUGGUCCCGAUCAGUGGGUGAUCUUUAACAACCAGCUGUCGACGCCAUACAAAGUGAACUAUGAUACUCAGAAUUGGAAACUUCUGAUCCAGACUUUGAACAGCGAGGAGUUCCAGAGUAUUCACGUGAUCAACAGGGCACAGCUUAUAGACGAUAUCCUGUACCUAGCUUGGACAGGGGAGCAGGACUACGAGACCGCACUCCAGGUGACCGACUAUCUGCAAAGGGAGCGGGAUCUUCUUCCCUGGAGAUCGGCCUUCAACAAUCUCAAGUUGUUGAAUCGCAUUCUCCGGCAAACUCCGAACUUUGUGUUCUUUAAGCGCUACAUGAAAAAGCUCUUAAGUCCAAUCUACGAACACCUGAACGGGAUGAACGACACAUUUGGCUCGAUCCUGCAGGAGGAUCAGAUCCUUCUGAAGACGGUGGUGGUCGAUUGGGCGUGUCAGUACCAGGUGUCCGAUUGUGUACCCCGUGCACAGUCCUAUUUCCGCAGUUGGCAAUCUGAGCCCAAUCCCGACGAGAACAACCCGAUUCCGGUCAACUUUCGUAGCACCGUGUACUGCUCCGUAAUAAAGUACGGUACUGAUGAGGAAUGGGAUUUCCUCUGGUCGCGCUAUAAGAACUCUAAUGUGGGAUCCGAAAAGCAGACCAUUUUGAGUAGUCUUGGUUGCUCUAGAGAAGUUUGGAUAUUGCAGCACUACCUGGAGGCGGCGUUUGACCCCAAAGGAGCAAUUCGUACUCAGGACUCCUCGCUAAGCUUCCAAGCAGUAGCCUCCAGUGAAGUGGGCUUCCUCCUGGCCAAGAAGUACCUAAUCAACAAUGUGGACUUUAUCCUUAAGUACUAUCAUCCCCAGACAAGGAGCAUGUCUCGACUUUUGCCAGCUAUUUCCGAGCAAGUUAUCACAGCGAGUGACUUAAAGGAAUUCAGGGAAUUUGUUAAAAAUGAGGAAAAGUCCCUGCAAGUUGUUCAUCAGGCGAUUCAGCAGAGUUUGGAGGCAAUGCAGACCAAUGUUCAGUGGAUGGAGCGAAAUUACCAGCAAUUCUCCCGCUGCGUUCUAAAUCAUUUAUAGACAAUACGUUGACCUGGCUAAUGAAUAUUUAAAGUUUUAAAUAAAGCACCUAAUACUACUUGAUAUAGAAAU